AUGAAAUUCAUUUUAGUUGCACUUUUGUGUUUGGCUUUUGUAAGUGCUGUGGAACUUGAAGAUGAUUAUCAACUUGAUAAUGAAUUUGAAUUAGAAGAAGAAAAUGUUGAUAAUAAUGAAGAUGAGUACGAAUUAGAAGAAGACGAAGGUGAUGAAUUAGAAGAAGAAGAUGACGAAGAAGAAGAAGAAGACGAUGAAGAAGAAGAAGAAGACGAUGAUGAAGAAGAAGAAGACGAUGAUGAUGAUGAAAAAUGGAGAAGAAGACGUCAUAGAAGACAUCACAGAAGACACCCAUGGAGACGUCAUAGAAGACAUCACAGAAGACAUCCAUGGAGACGUCAUAGAAAACAUCACAGAAGACACCAUAGAAGACAUCCAUCAAGACUUCAUAGAAAGGCUUUAAGAAGAAACCAUAAGGCCAACAGAAAACAUGUUAGUCGUAAGUCUAAUAAACCAAAUAGAAAGCACGUUCAUAGAAGAAGUGUUCGUGCCAGAAAGAACGUUUCAAGAAGAAGAAGGGUUAAGGCUAUUAGAAGAUAUAGAAAACUUGCUAAGAAACUUUAUAAACGUGCUUCAAAAUUAUUAAGAAAUAGAAGACUUAAUAAAAAGAACUAUGCUAGAAUUCAAAAACAACUUCUCAGAAUGUCUGCUAUUGCUAGCGGAAAAAUGAGCAGAAAGGCUGCAAAGAGAUAUAUUAAGAAGGCUUCUAAAAAGAUUCUUAAAAUUAAGAAACAAACAAAGAAAACAAUUGACAAUAAGAUGUAUAAGAAGAAUCAAAUUCUUAAAUACAAAGUAAAAGAACUUAGACGUGGAUUAGAUUCAGCCAGACGUGAUCUUAAACAAGCAAAGAGAGUAGCUCAUAAAGCAAAUAAAGAACUUGCUGCAACUAAAAAGAAUGUUCUUUUAUGUAAGAAAAUGACUGUUAAGAAGAUUCAACAAGCUAUAAAGAAGACUAAAGAACAAUUAGCUGCUAGAAAAGUUGCUAAAAAAGCUGCUAAGAAGAUGGUAAAGAAAUUAAAUGGAAGUAAAUGUCAAAAGAAAGAAAUGAAAAUUCUUGUUAAGGCUAUGGCUAAAAAGCUCAAUAAGAAAGAAAUGAAAAAGAUGGUUAAUAAAAUGACUAAGGUUAUUGCUAAAAACAAUAAAAAAAUUAAUAUUACCAAGAAGGUUGCUGCUAAAAAAAUUGUUAGAUUUGGAAAUCAAAAUUCUGUUCUUGUUAGCAGAAUAGUUCGUAAUGUUAUGAGAAAACUUAUGCUCAACUCAAGAAUUUAA